AGGCGUGCACAGCCAGCCAGCCCACCCACCCACCUACCCACCCUUCGCGCCACACUUACCGUACAACUAGUCUUGCUGGCUGGCUGGCUGGCUGGCUGGCAGACAGACAGAGAGAGAGAGAGACAGACGCCCAGCCAGCAUCCCAGCAUCCGAGCUGCAGCGGCGGCGGGCUGCAGCGGAGGCUGCCGCCGCUGCCAUGGCUUGCGGCUCCCGCCUCGGCCGCCGCUAGAGCGAGAGCCCGAGCGGCCUCUUCCCUCCCCCCACUCCCCGCCUUCCUUCCUUCCUUCCUUCCUUCCUUCCUUCCUUCCUUCCUUCCUUCCUUCCUUCACCCCAUCCCUGUUCCUCUCCUCCUCCUCCUCCUCCUUCCCCAUCCCUCCCUCUCUCCCUCCUUUCCAGUUAGACUUAAGGCGGGGGAAGAGCAGACCCCCGCCCCACCGUAGCCCUUCUCUCGCCUCCUCCUCCCUCCCUCCCUCCUCCUCCUCUUUCCCUCCUUCUUCCCUCCCCCCCCCUUUCCCCGCCAAAGGGAACUCCAAGGACACCCCGAGGCCGGGAGGGAAAGCAGCCGGCGCGCCUCUCGUCCGUCGCCCCUUCCUCUCCCCCCCGCCCGCCCCACGGCAAUGUCCAAGGGGGGCUUGAAGAAGAAAAGCCACUGGACCAACCGCGUCCAUGAAUGCGCCGUGGUGAGAAACGCCGAGGGUCAGCUGGGCUUCGAGCUCAAAGGGGGAGCCGAGAACGGGCAGUUCCCCUACCUGGGGGAAGUGAAAGCCGGCAAGGUGGUGUACGAGAGCGGCGGGAAGUUGGUGCCGGAGGAGCUGCUGCUGGAGGUAAACGAGACCCCCGUGGCUGGCCUGACUAUCCGGGAUGUCUUGGCCGUCAUCAAGCAUUGCAAAGACCCCAUCCGGCUGAAGUGUGUCAAACAAGGUGGAAAACGCAGGAUAACAGCCCUCUUCCAGCCCUCAGAAGUCCUCAGCAGUGGAGGCAUUGUGGAUAAGGAUCUCCGUCACUACCUCAAUCUGCGGUUCCAGAAGGGUUCGGUGGAUCACGAGCUUCAGCAGAUCAUACGAGACAACCUCUACCUCCGAACUGUGCCGUGCACUACAAGGCCUCAUAAGGAGGGGGAGGUCCCUGGUGUGGAUUAUAUUUUCAUCACGGUUGAAGAUUUUAUGGAACUAGAGAAAAGUGGUGCUCUUCUAGAAAGUGGAACCUAUGAAGAUAAUUACUACGGUACUCCCAAGCCUCCGGCUGAGCCAGUCCCACUGCUAUUAAAUGUCACAGAUCAGAUCCUCCCAGGAGCAACACCCAGUUCGGAAGGCAAAAGGAAAAGAAACAAGUCCGUGAGCAACAUGGAAAAGACAGGAAUCGAACCUCCGGAAGAGGAAGAGGAAGAAAAAGCCGUGGUGAAUGGCAACAGCGUGGCCAUCACACCGGAGUCAAGUGAACAUGAGGAGAAAAGCACAGGUGCCUCAGGAGAACCUUCCUCUCAGCCUUAUCCUGCUCCUGUUUAUAGCCAUCCGGAAGAAGUGAAAGAGGAAAUGGAUGUGACCAAGCAUCCAAAACUUGAAGAAAACGAUGAACUGGGCCCCUUGCCGGAUAAUUGGGAAAUGGCUUACACAGAGAAAGGGGAAGUCUACUUUAUUGACCACAACACAAAGACUACAUCAUGGCUGGAUCCACGCUUGGCGAAGAAGGCUAAACCCCCUGAAGAGUGCAAAGAAAAUGAUCUUAAUCUAAUGGGUUGGAUCCAAAGAUUCCCUUCUUCCAAUGGAGGAGGCUUUCCUCUGACAAAGGAAGAGAAUGAAGAAUUACCCUACGGCUGGGAGAAAAUUGACGAUCCCAUCUAUGGCACUUAUUAUGUGGACCACAUAAAUAGGAGGACCCAAUUUGAAAAUCCUGUUUUGGAAGCCAAAAGGAAGUUACAACACCGUACCAUGCCCAACGCAGAACUUGGAAUCAAGCCUUUGCCGGUCCAAAGUUUCCGAGUAGACAACGCCUCUUCAACCUUACCUAGGCCCAAACAUGUUCACCCGCGCCUUGCUCCUCAGAGGUCUCGCAGUGUGAGCGACCUGUCUCAAUAUCGGCGGGAAAUUGCUGGAAUGUACAGGCUGUAUGAAAAACCCCUCUUCACCCGGGACGCCUCCCAGCUGAAAGGUACCUUCCUCAGCACAACCCUCAAGAAAAGCAAUAUGGGCUUUGGAUUUACCAUCAUCGGUGGGGACGAGCCCGACGAAUUUCUCCAGGUGAAGAGCGUCAUUCCGGAUGGGCCGGCGGCACAAGACAGCAAGAUGGAAACAGGUGACGUUAUUGUCUACAUUAAUGAAGUCUGCGUCCUCGGACAUACUCACGCGGACGUCGUCAAACUCUUCCAGUCUGUUCCCAUUGGUCAGAGCGUCAACCUGGUGCUAUGUCGUGGAUACCCUCUGCCCUUUGACCCCGAAGAUCCUGCCAACAGCGUAGUGCCACCACUCACCAUGAUGGAGAGGCCUCCGGUCAUUGUCAAUGGAAGACAUAACUAUGAAACGUAUUUGGAAUACAUUUCUAGAACUUCCCAGUCCGUUCCGGAUAUAACGGAUCGACCCCCACAUUCCUUGCACUCCAUUCCAGCAGAGAGUCAGCUUGAUGGCACAUUCCCGCCACCCAUCCACGACGACAAUGUGUCCAUGGCCUCCUCGGGGGCCACUCAAGCUGAACUCAUGACCUUAACCAUUGUGAAAGGGGCCCAGGGCUUCGGCUUCACUAUAGCGGACAGUCCCAUGGGACAGAGGGUGAAGCAGAUCUUAGAUGUUCAGGGGUGCCCCGGUUUAUGCGAAGGUGACCUCAUUGUCGAGAUCAACCAGCAGAAUGUACAAAAUAUGAGCCAUGUUGAAGUAGUGGAUAUACUCAAAGAAUGUCCGGUUGGAAGUGAGACUUCUCUGUUUAUCCAUAGAGGAGGAUUCUUUUCACCAUGGAAAACUCCAAAGCCUAUGAUGGAAAAAUGGGAGAGUCAAGGGAGUCCACAGACAAGCUUAUCUGCUCCAGCUGGGCCACAGACUAUUCCCUUCCCACCAGCCCUUCACAGAAGCUCUUUUCCCGAUUCAACAGAGGCCUUUGACCCGAGAAAGCCUGACCCAUACGAGCUGUAUGAGAAGUCACGAGCUAUUUAUGAAAGUAGGCAACAAGCACCUCCCAGGACAGGCGUUCGAAUGGAUACCUCGGGUUCCGAUUACAAGGAGUUAGAUGUCCAUCUUCGGAGAAUGGAAUCUGGAUUUGGCUUCAGAAUUCUUGGAGGAGAUGAACCGGGACAGCCGAUUCUGAUCGGUGCCGUCAUUGCGAUGGGCUCGGCGGACAGAGAUGGCCGCUUACAUCCAGGCGACGAAUUGGUUUACGUGGACGGCAUUCCGGUGGCUGGCAAAACUCACCGCUACGUGAUUGAUCUCAUGCAUAACGCCGCUCGGAAUGGGCAGGUGAACCUCACGGUGAGAAGAAAAGUGCCACCUAUAGGAGAACCGUGUCCAGAGAACGGCCGAAGCCCAGGCUCUGUGUCCACCCACCACAGUUCCCCCAGAAGCGACUACGCUACGUACGCCAACAGCAAUCACGUUGUCUCCAGCAACAACGCAACGCCGCCCGAGAGCUUCCCUUCGCACAGCCUGCCAACCAGCGACGUCAUCAUCCAUCGAAAAGAAAACGAAGGGUUUGGAUUCGUUAUCAUUAGCUCCUUAAACAGGCCCGAAUCUGGGUCGACGAUGGCUGUACCCCAUAAAAUAGGGAGGAUAAUUGAAGGGAGCCCUGCCGAUCGCUGUGCGAAAUUAAAAGUCGGAGACCGGAUCUUAGCUGUGAAUGGCCAGUCCAUUAUUAACAUGCCUCACGCCGAUAUUGUGAAGCUCAUUAAAGAUGCUGGCCUUAGUGUAACUCUUCGCAUCAUUCCUCAGGAGGAGGUGAACAGCCCAGCUUCCGCACCCAGCUCAGAAAAACAGAGUCCCAUGGCCCAGCAACACAGCCCUGGGACUCAGCAGAGCCCUGUAGCACAACCAGCCCCUCCACAACCUCUACAGACUCAAGGACAUGAAAACAGUUACAGGUCGGAAGUAAAAGCAAGGCAGGAUGUCAAACCCGACAUUCGGCAACCUCCGUUUACAGAUUACCGGCAGCCUCCGCUAGAUUACCGGCAGCCUCCUGUAUUAGAUUACCAGCAAUCCCCCCCUUUGGAUUACCGGCAGCCGCCUUUGAUAGAUUACCGGCAACAUUCUCCUGACACCAGGCAGUUCCCCUUAUCGGAUUACAGGCCACCUCAGGAUUUUGAUUAUUUUACUGUGGACUUGGAAAAGGGAGCCAAAGGGUUUGGAUUCAGCAUUCGUGGCGGGAGAGAAUAUAAAAUGGACCUCUACGUCUUGAGAUUGGCGGAAGACGGGCCAGCAAUAAGGAACGGACGAAUGAGGGUGGGAGAUCAAAUUAUUGAAAUCAACGGGGACACCACGCGGGAGAUGACGCACACCAGAGCAAUAGAACUCAUCAAAUCCGGUGGCCGAAGAGUACGGUUGUUACUAAAACGUGGAACCGGACAGGUCCCAGAAUAUGACGAACCAAACUCCUGGAGGGCCCCCGCUGCCACCUCCCCAGGUCUGUCGGAAGUAACUCUUUCCCCCGAUGACAUUGUCUUGCCAUUAUCUUCAUCGCAUCUAGCCCAAUCCUCUGACCCUUCCCGCCAGAUAACCCCAGACUCCGCUUGGGAUAUCAAGAGGGACCAUCACGCCAACAAACCAAAGGAGUUUUCGGUCAACGGCCACCGGAAGAAAAGGUUAGGCGAACAGACGGAGAGGUCUGCAAGUCCUAAGAAGGUCGAUAGGUCAAAACACGAAGAGGUGUGGAGGAAAGCAAGCUUAGAAGGCAAGAGUAAGACUACGGAAAGCGGAAGGCCAUUGCCGGAAACUAAGGCAGGAGGACUCAACCCAACGGCCGAGGAUGGUGUCAGAGGACAUGGAUGUGCUGGAACCAACGAGGAAUGGGUUGGGAGAUCCAAGAGGUUGGAAAGCAAACGAGGGGGAACCCUUGGAGCAAAGGAUCCUUAUGUCACGGUGGCUGCAGAGAAGAAGUCAACCGAACAAGUCAAGUUGGAUUCCAUUGGUGCUACCAAGGCGUAUAGUAGCAAUAGCUGCAGCUCCCACGGAAGUGACAUGGAUCACAGCCAGAAGGAAACCGAGAGGAAGCCCGGUGAGUUCCCACGGAAGGGACACGCCCAUCCCAUCCCAACACACAACCCCAACCCCACCGCUCGGAAGGCAACGGUCUCGCCGGGGCCAUGGAAAAUUCCUGGCUCCGAUAAAUUGCCCGGGAUCCUAAAAUCGACCACCUCUGCCAUGAGCAGAUAAGCCAUCCGUUGACCGUUGCCUUCUCGUGGGUCACAGCGACGCAGAAACGUCCUCCUGAUUUCUGUCUCUCUCCCUUCAUUUUAAUUUAUUUUAACUCAUCCGCUCGGAACGUUGGGGAAAAAAAACCCGAAAGCAGUAACGUGUAAUUCUGCGACCGCAUUGCAUAACGCGCACCUACGUCUUACUACGUUAACGGAAGAUCAGAGUCACUCUUGUAUCUAAAUGUGACCAUUCAAGCCCCCAGUUUCAUUUCAGAGAACUUUGGCAGCUACGGAAGAAACCAAAAUAAUACGAACGGACCGUCGACCCAUGCAGUGUAGCUUUAUUUUGAUGUUUUCCACUGCAUGAAGGUCUUGGGAUGUGUUUUUCUUUUCUUUUUUUCAUUCAGACUUUAUAUCGAGAAACUGGAAGAAGUUAGAGCAAUCAUAAACUGGAACAUCGCCUUAAAUAAAACUGCACGGGGAAAAGCUAAAAGUGGAAAUAGAAUAUUUUAUCUGAACUCAACGUUGUAAAUAAAUAGUUCUCAGCAUAUCUAGACAGGGGUUGAAGCAUUGAAAUUGUAAAUCCAUGCUAUGUCUCUACUGUUAACACUUUGGGGGAAAAAGAAAAAAAAAAAGAACCAAAUCUGUCCGAUGUUAGUAUCAUAAUUCAUUAUGAGGCGCCCUAGUGAAUUCGCUAAAGCAGAAUCAUUUUUACAUCCAUUUUUGUGAACCAACCAACCAUAUUUCUGUACGCUGAGAAAUUAAGGGUGGGAUUACAUUCAGAAACCUAGCCUCAGAUAGAUUCCUCUCCCAGACAGGCCCACCCUACAGAAUUGGAUCUCCAAAUAUCACCUAGGUCAGGGGUCCCCAAUAUCCCCCCCCCUCCGUGGACCAGAACCGGGCUGCGGCAUGUCAGAAACCGAUCCAUGUAUCCCAUCUGUGGGAUGCAGGCAACACACAAAACCACAGCCCCUCCAGUCCACGGGAAAAAAAUCUCUCCACGGAACCGGUCCCUGGUGCCCAAAAGGUUGAGGCAGGGGGGCACUGACUGAGGUUUCACAGGAGAGAACCUAAACAAUUGCUGGAGGACCACGAUGAGAGAACGAUUCUUGAAAAACGAAAAAUAGAUUUAUUUAUUUUUUCUAUCCGAACAGUCUCGCCGGUCUCCUGCAAGAACUUCAUCACUGUUGAAAAUACUAAUUCAACUUCUUUUAAAAUAGGGCCCGCCUUGGAAUUUUACUCCCCGUCGCACUUUAGCAAGUCUAAAAUAGAUGUCCACGAAAGUCCUAUUUUUUAUGAUAGAACCCCAACGAGGCAACGCCGUGUUCCUUCCUUCCAUAUUCCGCGUCUUUUUCACGUCUCCAGUGCCAUAAUGAUGUUUCAUUUGCACACCCGCUGAAGUGUUGGCUUGUUCCCUGAGCUCCGCGAAUCAACCCUCCUAAUUUCUGAAAGUUUUGCUAUUUUUAGUUUUCUUCAAGCAAUAGCAAUAGAAACAAAAGCAGCAGCACUCAGUAAUAACUUCUGUUUUUUUCCCCAGGCAAAAGGGUUAUUGAACUUGAAUAUAUAUAUAUAUUCGUAGGUUUUCAUGGGUAUAGGUAUGUAGGUCUUGGCAUAUUUGGGUCUUUUCCUGUGUAAGGUUGAGAGUAUCUUGGCGACAUUUCGACGAGGUCUCAUUCAUCAUCUUCAGGCUGGUGCUUUCGGCUUCGUGCUUGUGCGAGCAAAGCGUGGUCAGAGCUGCCAUCCCUCACCAGUACAAGCACAAAGCCAUAAGCACCAGCCUGAAGAUGAUGAGUGAGACCGCAUCAAAAUGUCGCUAAGAUACUCUCAACCUUACACAGAAAAACACCCGAAUAUGCAAAGACCUACAUAUAUAGAUAUAUAGAUAUAUAUUUCUCGCAAACCCUCCUACUUCUCAACAAGUAACCUUGUUUGGUGAGAAAAAUCCCGUUACUUUAAGAUCAGGAGAAAUUUUGAUUUGAUCGGGGGGCAGAAACAAGAGAUUGAGUCUUAGUCAAGUGGUAAAACCCCCGUAUUUCUAGUUUCACUCAAUCUACAGUCAAUUAAUCCACGUUUUCAUUUGUUUUCUUUGGGAGCUUAUAAAGACACAAUUAAAUUGAAGAGAAGGAUUUUUGCACCUUGGGGGGGGGGGGAAAUCAAAAAAUGCAUAUUUAAGAACCUAUCCCGUUCUAGUUUUUUAAGAAAGCACAAAGAUAUGUAGCUGUUUACAAAAUAGAAUAUCUAUCUGUCUAUAUAUAUUAAUUAAAGAAAUAGAGAGAGAUUAUAUCUUUAUUCCCAGCCUAGAUAUUUGGCAUAAUUUGCUGUUUUAAUUUAUUAAACCUGAAAAUGUAGACAGGACUUCUCUAGCAAAGAGGGAGGAACUGAGAAUCUUGUUUGACUUCAGUUUGCAUCCAGACCAUGCCAUCUUCUUGUGUGAAUCAGACGGCUUUAUGUGACUGUAAUUGCUAACCUGUGAAGGCAUCAUUUAAACCCCCCAUUCCAGAUAAUAUUUCUGUGUAGUGUUAGCUGUGUAUUUACCUUGUACAGCUCUAUUGCUAUAAAUAUAAUUCCAUAUAUUAAUAGUCACAGAAAAGCUGUAAGUGAGCAACUAUUUUUAUGAAACACCACUAUGGAUAAAUUAACUUUUACAGAAAUCUUGUUUACUGUAUGAUAUUCUAAACCACUCAAAUAAAAUAUAUAUCCAAGAAUCUUUUUUUU